UUCCCGGAGGUUCCCAGCAUUAGCCGCUGCCCUUCCGCUGACUUCCCAUCUCCAGGUCUGACCUUCUGCCCGUCAGAGGGGAUCAGGACCAAGUGGGAACCCAGGAUCGGUGCCACGGGCUCCUCCCUCGAACCCUUGAACCAGGUGGCUCAGGCGCUUGAUCGAUCCAAGAACAUGAGUGAAGAGAAGGAAGAGGCCUCGUUCAGUAUCCUCACCAUUUAUGACGAACUGGAGAAGAGGAGGAGCGAGCCGGAGAGCCCCGGCCUCUCCUCCCAGCCUGAGCAGCUGGGUGAGGUAUACGGGUCCCCCCAGCCACCCCCGGGCUCCCCAAGGCAGAGUGGCCCAGCUUAUGUAGACAUGAGCUGGGAGAGUCCGCCGCCGUGGGCCCCCCAGAUCCUGGACAGCUCUGACCUGCAGGCCUCUUGGCUUCCUGAGGCGGAAUUAGGGGAAGACGCAGAGUCUGGCUUCAGCUCCCCACCAGGAUCUGAGCUUGGUCAGCCGUGUCCCUCACCUCCUCCCAGUGAAGAAGUCUGGUCGCUUCUCAGAACAAUUCCUCCUGUUCCAGACGAAGCAGUGGUCAGGCGGAGGGCCCCACGUGACUCCUGGAAGGUUGGCAGACUCCACCAUGGAAAGAAUGUCUACGCUGUGGCCAUCAGCAGCAGUACUCACCACGUGUACACGUGUGGCCAUGGCUACAUCAGGGUGUGGGACGAGAGCGCCCUGCACGCCUGGGACCAGGCCCCCCAGGCCCAGCUGAACCUCCAGGACCGUCAGAACUGUGUCCUCACCUGCAAGCUGUUUCCCGACGAGCAGAGCCUGAUCACGGGCGGUGUGUCCCGGACCCUGACUCUUUGGGACCUGGCGCCCACCCCCCGCGUCAGGGCGCAGCUGGCCUCCACAGGCCCCAAGUGCUACUCCCUGGCCAUCUCCUCCAAUGCCCAGAUCUGCUUGGCUUGUUUCAAAGGAUUUGUCGAGAUCUGGGAUUUGCAGAACCAGAUCUUGAUCAGGAAGCACGAAGUCCCCGUGUACGGGUCCCGAUGUGUGGACCUUGCGGGCAAUCAGUUCUGGACGGGAGGCGAGGACACCCGCCUGUAUGCCUGGGACCUGAGGAGCUACCAGCGACUGCAGCAACAUGAUCUAAAGCACGAGAUCCUCAGCAUCACCCACGACCCCAGCGAGGAGUGGCUGUUAGUGGGCUUGAAAAUGAGUGAGAUCAUCAUUCUGCACACACAUCGGAAGGAGAAGUUCAAGGCUUCCCUUGAAAAGUACAUCUACCACCACAAUCUCAAGUUCUCCUCCUGUGGGAAUUAUUUUGUGUCUACACUGGACCAGUCGAUCCACUGCCUGGCUGCACCUUCUCUACAAAGGCUGUUUCAGGCAGAGGAGUCUACAGACAUCCUGUGUUGUGACGUGUCUUCUGACAACCAGUAUCUGGUCACAGGCUCCAAAAACAGUGCCACGUUUACCAGCUCUUGUAUGAAGGCUGCGUAUCCCGGUCCCGGUGGCAAAGACCCAAAGAAGGCUGAGAGCGGAGGAGAUGUCAUGGGUGCCCCGCAGCGUCCUCACCUCCACGCCCCCACCGUCUCCUCCCCAGCCAGUCCUCUGUCCGUUUCCCUCCUGCCCUUCCAGGUUUUUAUUAUAUGCUUAGAGAUUUUCCUUUGUUAUUUUUCUACCUCGAAUUUCUGGAUUUUGUCAUUAAUAAAAUAGAGCAAAAACUAAAAUGA